AUGAGUAGAUCGGCAGAAUUUACUAUGUCUGUGGGCAAGUCUGCUCCAUCAGACAUUACAAGAAAUGUUUCAGCUAUAUUUGUACACGCUGGAGCUGGCUAUCAUAGUACCAAGAACCAGGGUGUACACUUGGCUGCCUGUAAUAGCGCCGCAAAGAUGGCCAUGCGUGUUUUAAAAUCUGGAGGCUCUGCAGUUGACGCUGUUGAGAUUGCAGUGAAGGUUUUAGAAGAUAAUGAAGUGACAAAUGCUGGAUAUGGAAGCAAUCUAGCGGUCGACGGUGUUGUUGAGUGCGAUGCCACCAUAAUUGAUCACUUGGGUAAGAGUGGAGCUUGUGGGGCAGUAGCACAAAUAAAAAACCCGAUUCAUCUAGCAAGAACUAUCUUAGAUGCUUCGAGCAGACCACUCUCAUUACGAAGAGUGCCCCCUAAUCUUCUCGUUGGGCAGGGUGCAACUGAAUUUGCUCGGGAAUACGGGAUUCCAGUUGUUUCUCACGACACGUUAGUAUCUAUAAAUUCUCGUGACCGUUAUAAGCGCUGGAAAGAAGACCUGGAUCGUGUUGAGAGCUUUCAAUUUACAGGCAAUCUACACACUAAUGAUCUUGAACAAAAAGAGGUUAAUCAGAAAAGCAGAGCACGUGUUUUCGCUAAACCGCGACGGAUUCCGGUGAACGCUUUUCUAAAUAGCACCUGGAAUGAAGGAGACCCGUGUCCGACUGCUCUACUGCCUUCAUUCCAGGUUCAGGAACCAUGCGUCAAGGAAGCACUUCCAAGUCUAAAAGCCCAAAAGCCAUGCGCGCUAUUUAUCGCUGGGCAACAAGAACGCGAAAAUUUACCCGCCAAACGAGCUAGACAUGAAUGUUCAAAACAGGUUGAAGACUUACAAGCUCCGAUAUUUCACGAACCUUGCCACAUUAAUUUAAAAAGACUAGCGAAUGAUUCCUGUAUGAAGGGUGGAGCUUUUUCACCUGUACUCCAAUCUAGUACUGGAAAUUUUGAUGGCACACCUUCGUCCGAUUUUAAAUCUGAUAAGGGUAUUAAUGAGCAGUCUAUGAAUUGCGCCCUUAAUCGAGACGAUAUUACUAGUUCGAAGCUAGAUAAUAAUGUCGAAGAUCAUAUCACAGACACUGUUGGUGCUAUUGCAAUCGAUAUGUAUGGCCAUAUCUCUGCCGGCUCAUCUUCGGGAGGCAUUGGUAUGAAACAUCGCGGGCGCGUUGGUCCCGCUGCUCUUGUUGGGAUAGGAUCAGCAGUCAUUCCAGUUGAUGAAAGCGAUGAAGAAAAGACAUGUGUUGCCGUUGUUACAAGCGGCACAGGCGAGCACAUGGCAACAACAAUGGCAUCUCAGAAGUGUGCUGAUAGGCUUCACUCCUGUACGAAGCGAGCAUCAGGUAACAUAGAUGUGCAGACGACGGAAGAGGAAUCUAUAGAAUCAUUUAUUGAAGCUGAUUUCAUGGACCACCCGGGCGUUCGCAACAGUACUUCAGCAGGUGCUAUUGGCGUCAUGGCAGUGAAAAAAACAGCCUUUGGAUACUUCCUUCACUUUGCACACAAUACUGAGUCUUUUGCUUUGGCCUCGAUGCAUUCAAAUGAGACUGUUGCAAAGUGUGUCAUGUCUCGACUUGGAAAUAAUGGAAGGAUUGUCAGAGGGGGUAGAAAGAUACGAGUAGAUUGA